UAUCGCAUUCGGCGAUGCAAGUCGUCAUUAUUUGAAAAUCGGAAAAACAGAGCAAACAGACGUUCGUUUUCAGAAGUAUAGGAAAAAGCAAGAAAAGUGUUUGGUGGAGGCGGUGUUAACAAGAAAGUGUGUAACUGUGAAAAAAUAUUUUCAAUAAAAUGUUAAAGUGAAAUUAUCGUGCCUUCCCUUCUGAUAUAUUUGAAUUCUUUGUAAUCCAUUCAUAGCUCUUUAACAAAAAGAGAUUCUUUUCGAUGGAAUAGAAAAAAUGGAAAUGAUUUGAAUUUAAAAAAGAAUAAUAUGCAAAAUGAUUUCAAAUACAAGCAAUAUUUCAUUUGACAAUUUAACAGAUAAACUAUUUCAACAGGAAACUGAAUUUCAGCAUACCCCGGAUUACAUGACAGUGUAUUUGACGAUAGUAAAUGUGUUGAUUUUAUGCGUUGGCUUGUUUGGAAAUACCAUGGUUAUAAUGGUUGUAUGUCGCGUCCGGGAAAUGAGAAAUCCAACAAACUACUUUCUUUUCACGUUAAGUAUUGCUGACUUUUGCGUUCUGCUUGUAUGCCAACCUGUUGCAGUGAUGGAGUUCUAUGCCAAGGAGAUAUGGUACCUUGGUCAUUUUAUGUGUAAAUUGGUUCCUCUGCUUGAAAAUGGAAUGCUUCAUGUUUCAAUACUGACGAUGAUUGCUAUGACGACGGAACGUUUCUACUCCAUUAUCUACCCGUUUAGAAAUCUCUCCAAUUGCUCCGAGACCUCCACAGUUAAAAUCAUUUUUGCUCUGUGGAUUAUAGCGUUUAUCUGUACCUCGCCUUUCUUGCUGAUAACAACAUUAGAAGAUGCUACAUUUUAUGACGGAACUCACGUGAAAGUUUGUCGAACUAUAGUUCGUUUACUGUGGCAUAAAGUCUUUAUUGUAGCAAACAAUAUAGCGUUUUUCGUUAUCCCGUUUUUUGUUCUGAUAUAUAUGUAUUCGAGAAUUAUCAAGAGACUUAUGUCUGAUAGGCUUUCAAUAAUAAUGUCAAACGACAUAAGUGCCAGAAUAACACUUCAAGCCCGGAAACAAGUAGUAAGGACUUUGAUUCUCAUAAUGAUUUUGUUCUUUGUAUCGAUGUGUCCUUUAAGAGUAGUGACUCUUUGGCAAAUCUUCACACCAGUGUCAGAACUUGAUAACAUUGGAAUAGAAGCAUACUAUAACAUCAUGUGGUUUGCAAGAUGUAUGAUGUACCUCAACAGUGCUGGAAACCCUGUCAUCUAUAGUUUAUCAUCAACAAAAUUCAAGAUGGCUUUUCGUAGGGUUUUAAGUCAAUGCAGACCUUGCACAUUAACAACACGUCCUUCUCCACCAACAACAAAGGUUCUAUACAGGGCAUCAAAAACGAAGCAAGGCUCCAGUAAUGACGGUCAUGAAUAUAUUCACCGUGAAACAAAUGGAACUAAUUAUACACGGAAUGGUGAUCUAGAGCUCAGAUUGUUAUCUUAAUAAUAGCAGUUAAAACAGUGUGAUCAUAAAAGUGGUUUUAAAUGAGCCAUAACGGAAAGCCACAAUAAAAAUAAUCAUAAUACAUAAAAGGGAUUGAUGGGUUAGAUCACUGUAAAGUUCAUCUUGUUCCGUUUAUAAAUAGAAAGAAAUAUAAGAAUAACUUCAAACAAAUAUUUUUGGCAAAUAAAAUCAUGUUACUGCAUCUGCGUACGGCUAGCUGUUGUGUCAUACUUAUGCGGACGUUUUUUGUGUCGUUAGUAGUAAAUUCACACACACACGCACGCACGCACACGCACACACACACACAACUUUAAAACAGAAAACUGUGUAAAUAUGUAUAUUCCAGAAACUGCAGAAAUCACUAUUAGGCCGUGGGUCAGUGCACCCAAAGAAAUUCUGUACACUAUGAUUUUCUAAAAUCAUUUCUUGUGGGGUACAUGCUCUUGUUUUCUGCUAUCUGACUAAUUGGCAUUAGAAAGAUAUGACGAAAAAAAAAUUACAUGCACCUACCUUUUUAUACAAAAUAUUGACAAAGGGAAAAUGACAAAGUUUCACUGACCAUAUAUCUUCAGGUAUUGCUGUAAAUUAUCAGAUAAAAAGACAUUUAUUAAAAAUUAAUUCAUACUGUCGA